GGGAGCGGAUUUUUACGACCGCCGGCGCGGUAGAGCAGAAACGCGGCUCGGCGCUGUAGCUUCACACGAAUUGGUUUCCUGAGACGCGACGGGGGAUAUUUUUUCUUUUAUUCGAAUAAGUACAUUUCUUUCAUUUCCCCUACUAAAGCAACAGCGAAAAUGAGUACCAUUAACGUGAAGAAACUGAAAGUGAACGAGCUGAAAGACGAGCUGAAGAAGCGUCAGCUGUCGGACAAGGGCUUGAAGGCCGAGCUCAUGGACCGGCUACAGGCCGCGCUCGACGCCGAGGCCCAAGAGGGAGACGCGGCGCUCGACCCGGAGGACGAAGAGGAGGAAAAUGGCGACGAGGGCCAAGCCGCAGCGCUCGAGCAGGAGUGCAUGGGCGAAGAACUGGAGGAGGACGAAGAACCCGCCGGCGAGAACAUGGAGGCCGAGGAGCAAAAUGGAGGCGGCGGCGCUGCCCCGCCGGUGAGCGCUCAGGACAAGUGCGAGGAGGACCUUGGGCAGGACGACGAAAUGGCCGACGAAGAGGAAGGAGAUGAAGCGGGUCAGGAAGAGGAGGAGGACGAAGAUGGAGACGCCGGGAUUGAGAUGGACAAAGCGUUCGAUGAAGAGGAGGAGGAGGAAGAGGAGGAAGACGCCGCCGCAGCCGCCGAGAAAAUCGACGAAGAAGAUGGUGAGCAAGAGCCGCAGACGACUGAGGGAGAUGCGGACAAAGACAUCAGUGCUGAUCAGAAGAAUAAGAAGGGUGUUAAGAGACGCCGAGAGGAACAUGGAAGGGGCUACUUUGAAUUUAUUGAAGAAAGCAAAUACAGCCGGGCCAAAUCUCCCCUGCCACCUCUGGAGGAAGAGGAUGAGGAGUUUGAUGAUACGCUGGUGUGUCUUGACCCAUACAACUGCGACUUGCACUUCAAAGUAUCCAGAGAUCGCUACAGCGCCACUUCACUCACAAUGGAGAGCUUUGCUUACCUCUGGGCAGGGGGCCGAGCUUCCUACGGCGUGAACAAAGGCAAAGUCUGCCUCGAAAUGAAGAUUAUUGAGAAGAUCCCUGUGAAGCAUGUGAAGAGUAAGAACAUGGAUGUCCAUGAUGUGCAGAUGGGUUGGUCUCUGGCUAAUGGCAGUUUGCUGCUUGGUGAGGAGGAGCAUUCAUACUCUUUCGCUAUCAAGGGCAAGAAGACGUCAAAUUGUGUGACCGAAGACUACGGCGAGGCUUUCGACGAAAACGAUGUUGUUGGCUGCUGCAUUAAUUUCGACGGCGAUGAAGUCGAAAUAGCGUACUCUAAGAACGGGAAGGAUCUCGGUGUGGCGUUCAAAGUCGAUAAGGAGGCUCUGGCUGGCCGUGCCCUCUUCCCCCAUGUUCUCUGCCACAACUGUGCUGUGGAAUUUAAUUUUGGACAGAAGGAGACUCCGUAUUUUCCUCAGACAGAAGGCUUUACUUUCAUGCAACAAAUCCCAGUUGAGGAACGUGUUCGUGGACCCAAAGGGCCUGAGACCAAGAAAGACUGUGAGGUCAUUGUGAUGGUUGGCCUCCCUGGAUCAGGGAAAACUACGUGGGUGAUGAAGCAUGUCGAGGAGAACCCUGGAAAAUACACGAUUCUGGGAACUAACACUAUUGUGGAAAAGAUGAUGAUAAACAGUUUGAAACGACAGAACAAGGACACAACGAAGCUCACUGCCAUCUCCCAGAGCGCACCUCUCUUUCUCGGCAAGUUCAUUGAGAUCGCAGCCCGCAAGAAGAGGAAUUAUAUUUUGGAUCAGACCAACGUUUCUGCUGCUGCCCAGAGGAGGAAGAUGUGCUUGUUUGCUGGCUUCCAGCGCAAAGCUGUUGUCGUCUUGCCCACAGAUGAGGCUUACAAGGAGCGCACGCAGAAAAAAGCUGAAACAGACGGCAAAGACGUCCCCGAGCACGCCGUGUUAAAGAUGAAGGGCAUAUACACAUUGCCAGAAGUGGGUGACUGCUUCUCCGAGGUCACCUAUCUGGAGCUUCAGAAGGAAGAAGCCACCAAGCUUUUGGAGCAAUACAAGGAGGAGAGCAAGAGUUCCCUGCCUCCAGAAAAGAAGCCGAACCAAGGCACACCCAAGAAAGGUGGAGCUCGUAGCCGAGGGGGCAAAGGCCAGUUUAACAGGGGAGGUGGCCCCGGUCCACGAGGGGGCAGAGGAUCUUUCCAGAACCGUGGCAACUUCAGAGGGAUGCCUGGUCCCCGUGGAGGCUACGGUAGGCCACCCAGAGGUGCUCUGCCACCUCCUGCCUUUAGAGGCGGCUUCCCAAAUCGUGGUGGUUUUGGCCGAGGUGGUGGAGGACCUCCAAACAGGAACAUGGUGCCUAGGGGACCUCCUUCUCGAGGUGGCAUGGGGAACAUGUCGAACAGAGGCGGUGCUAUGAACCGUGGCAAGCCAAUGCACAGGGGAAACAUGAAUCGUGGAGGUGGUCACGGUGGUGGACCAAGCAGGGGCAAUUUCAACCCGAAAUUCCGUGGACGUGGAGGAAACCAGCAGAAUCGUGGAGGAUAUGGCAACAGGAAUGGGAACUUUGGCAUGAAUAAAGCCCAAGCCUUCAAUCAGAGCUGGCAGCAGGGGUUCUGGAACCAGAAGCCAUGGAGUCAGCAGUACCACCCAGGAUAUUAUUAAAUGGGCUUUUGUAUUAAAGACUAGUGGCAUGUGGAGGACUCCCUCUUGUGACCACAGAGCCCCAACGAUCUACUUUUACUGUCUUUUAAAAAAAUUAAUAAAACGUGUUUUAAGAUGAUUUACACGUGGACAUGCAUUCCACAUCCCAACAUCAGGUCACCUGUAGAUGUGAGGGGUUUCUUUUCCUUACCUGUUUGUAAAAAAAAAACUUCGCCCCCUCCUCUCCUUAUUUUAGCUUUGUUUUGAUAUCCUAUAAAGAACCACAUUGUUCUUUUUUUUUUCUGCAUGGAAUGAUUUUGGAUUUCAGAGAUGUGGAUUUUAUUGUCAUUUUUACUAAAUGUAAAUUAUUAUUUUGCAAGUAUGGUUUUUUUUUUUUUUUUUGUGCAAGUAUCAUGGCAUUUGAAAAUCGGAUCUUGCAGAUCUGAUGGUCACGUUUUAAAGGCUGUUAAAAGGCAGUUGUAGUUAUUUAGCAAAAGCCUCUUCCAUUAAUGAGAAACCCAUUCUAUUUUAUCCCUAACAUAUUGCUUAUCCUGUUUGUGUUUUCAGUCCAGUGUGUACUAGUUUCAUCUCCAUAGGUUUACAAUAAAUGGGUUAUUUGCUUUUGUACAA